AUGUCAGAAGAGAAGGGCAAGGGAAUCUCGCUGCGCAAGAACAAGAAGCGCAGCGACAAGAGCAAGAAGGGAGGCCCGCCCGUCAUCAGUGCUCCGCGCCAGAUCAGUGCGCCCAUGCCCGCUGGCCUGGGUGCGACGACGCUCUCCAGUGCCCAGAACAGCGGGCGCCCGUCCAACGAGUCGAGCAGGUCCGGGCCACGCCUUCCAGAUGCGCCGCGGCCCAGAGAGAGGCCGCCGCGGCCGGGCCAGGACAAGACGGCGGACCUGGUCAAGCGGAGGUACUCGCAGAAGAUCACCCAGCUGCCCAGCGACUUUGGCAGUGGCAUGCCCUUGCCGGACCUGCCGCAGAUGCCAGCGCAGUUCCGCGACGCACCGCCGAGCAGAGACGGGAGGCCGCCGGGGAGCUCCGACGGCCGCAGCUUCAAGCCAGACAGACGCCAAUUGGCCGACGACAAUCUGAAGCCAGAUCAAUAUGUCAGCCAGCAGCUCGCCGAUGCCUCCGAAGACGACAUCCGCCGCUUCCAGGACGAGCUGCGCAAGCUCAAGAACCGCAACUCGACCGACCUCCAGCACAGCGUCUACCAAAAUCGCACCCAGUUCAUGAAGAUCAGCAAGGAGGCGGAGAAGCUCAAGAGCGAGAUGCGCACCCUCAAGCAGCUCAUGUCCGAGCUCACCGCGACGCUCGAGCAGACGACACCGAAUGCGAAUGCCGACGGCGACUCGCUCAGCGCACGCAAGGCCGCCAACCGAAGCUCAGUCGCGAACCUCGAGGCGCUCUGGAACACGCAGCUGCAUCAGCUGUGGAAGAGGAUAGAGGGGUCGCAAAAGUACCUGCCGGCUAUCCCUGGGAGGCACGUCAUCUGGCAGUCGGGGAAGUGGGUCGAAUUGAACUCCGCAACAUGGAAAGCGCGCAGAAGGGUGCAUCUGAUUCUGCUGAACGACCACCUGCUCGUCGCGGCGGAAAAGAAGCAACGAAGCGAAGUCUCCCAGAGUAAUCGAGAGAAGAAGCCAGCUCAAGAGUGGGUGGCGCAAAGAUGCUGGCCGCUGCAGGAAGUGCAAAUGGCGGAUCUUGCGUCCAAGUCCAGAGCGGGAAGCAAAUCAGGCGGCGCCAACGCGAUUAACAUCCGCGUCGGCAAUGACUCUUUCACGUACGCUGUCUAUCCUGGCGAGGAUGCCGACAAAGUGCAGCUGCUUUCUACGUAUCGCAAAGCUGUGGAUGACCUCAGGAAGAGCCAGGAAGUUGAGACGCAGGAACGAGGCAGGGCGCAGGACUCAUACAAUUACUUCGCUACCCGGGACGCAAACAUAUUGAAGAAGGCUGACCUGAUGGAGACGCUGACCGAGAACGUGGUCAACAAUCGCGCCAGCAUGCUCGUCGACAUUGACGGGAAGCAGCAUAACAUCCGGGCUGUGGAGACGGAGUUGGAUCAACUAGACAUGGACAUCGCGCUGCAACGCUUCGAAAAUGCCGUCAUGAAGGUCGAGAAGCUGAAGGCGCUGGCAAAGAAUAUUAGAGGAAACACCAUGGCGCAGAGCAUCGUCACGUUCAAAGUCAACGAGCGGGCCACGAAACUAGCCAACGUCCUCAUUAAACAGCUUGUAGAGAAUAACAACUGGAUCACGUCGGUCAAGCGCCACGUGACCUGGAUCGUCCGGCUAGGUUUCGAAGACCGCGCGCGAGAGGCAUAUCUCGAGGCGCGCGGAAAUCUGAUGAAGACGCGGCAAUGCAGCUUCGAAGGCAACCUCCCCGAAUACAUCUUCCAAAUCUCCUACAUCUACUUCACCAUCAUCAAGAACACGGUCGACAUCUACCAGAAGUGCUUCCCGCAGGUGCUCAUGUCAGCGUGCGUCAAGUGGGCGAAGGAACAUGUCGAUGCGUUUAACGUCCUGCUGGAGAGGCAGCUGAGCAGCGUGGAGAGGGAGAGCAAGGUCUGGCAGGACUGUAUGGAUCAGGCGCUCGCGCAUGCGGGCAUGUUGACCGAGGUUGGGCUGGAUUUUACGGAGCUGGUUGGGAGGGGGGCGGGGGAGGUGGAGAGCAGACCUGUAGGACUCGGUGUCACAGCGUGA